AUAACGCGCAGGCGCAGUUUAUAAGCGUUUGUUGGGAGUCUUCUUGGUUCCUUUGUGGGCGCUUCUUGCCAGAUCAGCAAGAACGUUAUAUUCCGUCCCCUAGAAGCCUAGCAGAGGAGUGUGAAGAUCAUCAUCUGUUUCCCCUUCACUGCCGCUUGAGAUUAAGAACUGCCAUGGGGAUUACUAUCACAAAAUCUUUAAUAAGAAAUGAACUUGGUAAACUGAAGGAUCUUUUAAAAGAGAGAGAUAUCUCAUCUGCAGCAUCUGAAACUCAAAAGCAGAUGGAUUUAUUAGAAAAUGCCACACUUAACAUUGCCAUCACAGGGAUGACAGGUGCUGGUAAAUCGUCCUUUGUCAAUGCUCUGCGGGAGAUGGAAGAUGACGAUGAAGAUGCAGCUGAAACUGGGGUGACACAAACAACAAUGGAACGAAAGGCAUAUCAGCACCCCACGUCCCCCAAAGUAACCUUCUGGGAUCUGCCAGGAAUCGGGACAGCUGAGUUUCCAGUAAAGAAGUACCUAGAGAUGGUAAAGUUUAGUGAGUAUGAUUUAUUCAUCAUCGUUGCUGGAGAACACUUCACAGAGCAUGAAAUCAACCUGGCCCGUGAAAUUCAGAAACUAAAGAAGAAUUUUUACUAUGUGCGCACUAAGGUGGAUGUCAGUAUGGACAGUGAAAAGAGAAAAAGAAAUUUCUGUGAAGAAAAAACCCUUGAAAAGAUAAGGAAUGAUUGCUGUAAAAACCUGAUCAAGGCAGGAGAGUCUUCUCCAAGGGUUUUUCUAAUCUCCAGAUGGGAUUUGAGUUUAUAUGAUUUUCCUCUCUUGCAAAAGGCCUUAGAAGGGGGUCUGGAUGACAUGAAAAGACAUGUCUUAAUUAUGAGCAUGCCAACUUUCUCAAGGGACAUGCUGGAAAAGAAAAAAGCUGCGAUGAAGGAACUGAUAUGGUCGGUAUCCUUUCUCUCCUGUGCUUUUGGAACAGUUCCUGUCCCAGGACUCUCUCUCGCUUGCGAUCUCACCAUCUUGGCAUGCAUAAUGAACCGAUUCUACAAGAUGUUUGGCUUGGAUGAAGGUUCCCUCCAGAGACUGGCCAAGCGAGUGGGCAAACCCGUGGAGGUGUUGAAGUCCGCUAUCACCAGGACCUUGCAUGCUGGCGAGAUCAAAAGAGACUUUGUAAUCGAUUGCUUGACCAGAUCAGCGCUUUGUGUCACAUUGACAGGGGCAGAACUGGUUUUGGAUUUCAUACCCAUGCUGGGCUCUGUAGCCGGUGGAGUGCUGUCUUUUGUAACUACAUUCUACUUGCUGAGCAGUUUUCUGGAUGAUGUUGUGGAAGAUGCUGAGAAGGUUGGUGCGAAAGCUGCUGAGCGUUAAAGGCCCAGUAGGAAGAUGGAUCUGGGAAGAGAAUCUCAAGCAGAAAACAUAGGAAGACAUGAAACCAUAAUUCAAACAUAAAGAAGUCAGAUUUGAAUGUCUGAUUGGUAGCAUCCCUUCCCUUCAAACCUUGCCAGAUAUUUAAAUUUGAUCCCAGUAUCAAAAUAUCAUAGAGCCUUACUUUAGCUUGUUGCAAUGCCCUACAAACAGCAGUUUUGCAAGGGAGGAACCCAAAAAUUCAUUAUAAAGAACUUCUCUGUUAUUGUAGGUCGGGAUCCAUUGAAACUACGACCCAUGUGCUUCCCCACUGUCAAUUUUAUGGAGAUCGGCGGCAUAAAUAUAUAACAUCUUUUAUAAGUCGCCAUCCAGGGAGUUUCCAUUCUUUUAAUUUUAUUUACCUUUUAGCUGAUCAGAACAAUAUAAUAUCUUAUAAGGUGGUUAUGUUUUGUUUCAUAUCCACUGGAAUUCACGAGGAGCUUAUUAUGAAAUGUUUAGUCUGAUUUAAAAAAAAUUUCUAUGGUUACUAUAUACCUUAAUGAUUGAUCAAUCAAUCAACCUUUAUUAUGGUCAAAGAGCAGCAUAAAAUUACAAGUUAAUUUAUAAGUUACAUGUUAAAAAUUAAAGGUGAUUGCAAGUAUAAUGCAAAAUAUCAUGAAUAGGCUGAAAUUAAAAAUAACUGCAAUUUAAAAAGAGACAAGCUAAAAUAGAUAAAAAUUACAUAUAUGAUUUAUCUUACUGGGCUUCUGUGUGUAUUUCUUUUUGUGUACUGCUCAAUGACAGCAAAAACUGUAAUUAAUAUACAUCAUAUACAUAUACACAUACACACAUCAAGGUUUGCUACAGUGUGUUUGGCAAAGAAGGCGAACACCUUGAGUGGACACUAAAGCAGGCUUGAAGACAUCUGGAAGUCAACUGUGACAGCUUUUUCUUGCAAGCCGAGAGAGGAGGGGUAGGGAGGGAGAUUUAUCCUGCGGCGUGCUUUUUAGCAUCUUUUUUGAUUUCUGCUAUUGCUAUUAUCUUUUUGAAACUGAAACCCUCUUCUUUAAGUUUUGUACCUUGACAUCAUGUCAAUGCUUGACAUUUCUAUUUUGUAUGCAACUAUUCCUUAAGGUAAUGUGCCUUGGCCCAAUGCCGACAUUUAUUUUGUUUGUUAACUGAGAAAUAAAGAGACAUCAGAGGAGAAA